GGGAAGCAGCGCUGUCGAGUAACGUCAUCCAGAGCGACGGAAACAGAUUUCGGCUCCCGCUUCGCCUGGUUAAACUAGCAAAACCUAAUGAGUCCAAAGGUCUGUAGUUAUCUUUUUCCCAAAAGACGUUGCAUGACUGACGCCAUAGACAUUGCGGGCUGUAGUUCGACCCUUCUACCGAAAAUACGGUUAAUGAAUUCGCGAUGGCCGCCUCUUACCUUUACCCGUCUACCGAUCAGUACUCCUGUCCCGUGUGCUUGGAAGUCCUGAAGGAGCCAACCACUAUACCAUGUGGACACAGCUACUGUAUAAAGUGUAUUAAUGACUACUGGAACAUGUCGGAUAAGGAGGGGACUUAUAAAUGUCCUCAAUGCAGACGAUCUUUUAAAGACAGGCCAGAGCUGAACAGAAGUACCGUACUAACUGAACUGAUCGGGAAACUAAAGGAGAUGAGAGUUGAUCGGGGACCGUCUGAGAGUUACGCUGGGUUAAGCGAUGUGUCCUGUGAUGUUUGUAGGGGGAGAAAACGGAGAGCCAAGAAGACCUGCCUGACCUGCGUGGCCUCCUACUGUGAGACUCACCUGCGGCCACACCUGGAGUCUGACGCCCUCAGAAGUCACAAACUGGAGGAGCCGAGUGGAAAUCUGGAAGAGAAACUCUGCACGAAACAUCAGAAAGUUCUGGAAAUCUUCUGUCGGACCGAUGACAUCUGCGUGUGCUUACUUUGUGUGGCGACUGAACAUAAGAGUCAUGACACCGUGACACCUGAUGAAGAAAGACCUAGGAGACAGAAUCAGCUGGAAGAGAGAAAGAAAAAAAUUAAAAAGAAAAUAGAAGAGAAAGAAAAGAAAGUGAAGGAGAUUAUGGAGACCAAAGAAAGGAUUCAGAACACAGCAGCAAAAGAAGUUCAGGAACACGAGCAGAUCUUCAAGUCUGUAAUUCAGUCCAUUGAGAAGCUGAGGUCACAGGUCGCUGAAGUAAUUAGAGAUCAUGAGAGAACAGAGUUGAGAAAGGCUGAAGAGCUCAUGAAGCAACUGGAGAAGGAGAUCAAGGAUUUGAAGAUGAGCAAUGCUGAGCUGGCCAAGCUUUCACAGACAAGUGACCACAUCCACUUCCUAAAGAAAUUACCAUCUGUUUCGGCCCCUCUUGGAGAUGAAGGCAUACCAAACUUCAGCAUUAAUGGAGAUUUGCUUCCUAAGACUCUCAGGACAAGCCUUUCUGAUCUGAAACAAAGACUGCUGGAGAUCAGGGGCUUGGAGUUGGUAAAGACCAGUGAAGCUGGAGCUGAUAGUUUAGGUCACAUCCAGCAGAAUCAGAGGACCAGAUAUGAACGUUUAAAAUCUAGAGCAUCCAGAAAUGAAAACUCGGGCCUGGCACAGCAGACGAGGCGAGAAGACUUGAACUUGGCACGACAGUCUAUAAGGCGAGAAAACCUCAGCCCAGCAGAGCAGAUGAGGCAAGAAGACUCUGGCCCAACCCAACAUCAGAUGAGGCGACAAAAACUGGGCCUGGCAGAGCAGGUGAGGAGAGAAAAUCUGGGCCUGGCCAAGCAGACGAUGCAAGACAAUCUGGGCCUGGCAGAGCAGAUGAGGCGACAAAAUCUGUGCCUGGUAGCGCAAUUGAGGCGACAAAAUCUGGGUCUGGAAGAGCAUGUGAGGCAAGAAGAGCUGAACUCAGCACGAGAAACAAAAAGGCGAGAAAACUUGGGCCCGGCACAACAGAAGAUAAGGCAAGAAGACCUUGCUCUGGCACUAUGGCAGAUGAGUCCAGAAAAAGAUACACCUGGCAAUGGAGACUCUUUAUCACUCAUAAAGCUAUAGAAACCGCAAAUAAUGAAAACCUAUACCAUGGAAUGACCCCAAAUUAUUUUCAUAGCUAAUCAAACUUUUCAUUAAAACUGUUAACCCCCAA